UAUUUCUAUCAGACAUCAACAUAAAAAUUACGUGUAAUUACAAUUUAUUUAGAUUAUAAAAACAAAGACUUGCAUUUUGAUUGAGACAAAAGUUAAUUGUCCUUCAAAAUGUGUUGCCAUUGGAUAUGAAGCUGAAAGGAUAUUUACUGACAGAAUGGCUAAUAUGGACGACUCUUGGUAUUUCUUCAAGGAAUUCAAACUACUUUUAUAUAAAAAGGAUUUCAGAGAAGACAUGUUAAUAGACGAUGUAUGUGGAAGACAUUUUCCUUUUUUUGAAGUCAUGUCCAAGUUCAUCGAAGCAUUGAAAAAUCACUUCCUGGAUAGGAUGGCCAAAAAGGGAUUACACAUCCGGGAUAUAAUGUGGGUUUUAACAGUCCCAGCAAUUUGGUCAUAUGAAGGCCGAAACUUUAUGCGAAAAGCAGCGGAACAUUGUGGCAUCGAUGGCGAAAUGUUGGAAAUUGCUCUUGAACCGGAAGUUGCUGCUGUUUACUGUUUAAACCUUCCGCUUGAAGAGAGGAAGACAAUGUGGGACUUGGGGAAUAUUGGCCAGUCUUUUCUCGUAGCAGACCUUGGAGAAAUAAUGAACAGUACAAUUGGUCUGUGUAAACGUUCCUCAGAUGAUAUAAUCUAA